AUGGACCAUCUUGAUCCAACAAUGCCUGUUCCACCAAUGCUUGUUCCACCAAUGCCUGUUCCACCAUCGAAUUCUCGUAAGUCAAUUAACAUCGAUGAACUAGCAUUAGAAGAUGUUACUAAAGUGUCAACCAUGGCUUCAAAUCCAAAAGCAACAUGUGGACGAGUUUUUAUUAAACUAUUAGAUGAUGUUAAUAUUGAAAUUAGAACAUCUGAAAAACUUCGUGAUGUACAGAAAUCAUCAAUUGUCAAUUCAUGUCGGAUGAGAAUUUCAAUGAAAAAGAAUCUUAAAGAUAGUUCAAUGAUAGUAUCUCGUGUUAUGAUAGAAUUUGAUGAUUUAUUAUCUGUUCUUAAUGAUACACAAUUAAAAUCAGCAUUAAAUACUUAUAAAGAAAUAACUGAAUUAAUGAAACGAGCACGACAACAACCUUCACCAACAUUUCAAGCUAGACCAUCAAGAAUAGGACCUAAUGAACGAAUAAAUUCAAUUAAUUCGUUCAUUACUGAACAAUAA